AUGGCCGCCCCCAGGCAGCCCGCGGCGUUCUACACCCAGCACCCCCGCCGGCGGCCCGAGGAGGCGGUGGAAGAUCCCGACGACGACGACGAGGACGACGAAGCGGACGAUGGCUUCUCCCUGGAGGAGGUGUUGCGCCUGGGAGGCACCAAGCAAGAUUACCUGAUGCUAGCAGCUUUGGAUGAGAAUGAAGAAGUAGUAGAUGGAGGGAAGAAGGGAGCCAUCGACGACCUUCAGCAAGGUGAGCUCGAAACUUUUGUCCGGAAUCUGAAUUUGGCCAAGUUUGCCAAAACGUGCUCCAUUGAGGAAGACAAAGAUGAUGGCGGGGAGCCAGCUCCAAAACAAGAGACUGAUAAAAAGGGGAAAAAAGCUGAUAAGAAAAAGCCGAAGGCAGUUGAAGGUGAAAAGACACCAACCGCUAAAGCGAAAACCAAGAAAAAGCCAGAGCCAGAUGUCACAAACACUGAGGCAGGCGCGGUCCCACCAGGAAGGCAAGAGAAGCAGCCGGACCCAUUCGAGUUCUGUGCGCGACAGACGUUGUUGCUCAAGCCUGGUGGCAAAUGGCACGAGCUGGAAUACAGUGGCGAGUUCUGCCUGGAGCCGCAGCUGCCUGAGCUGGUGGCCGGCUACCGGACCUUGGCCCAGCGGCUGUAUGAACACGAGAUCAGCUUGUACCAGGCACAGACACCUCACCAGAAGGGCACCGCCACCUGGAUGAAGGCCAUUGUGUCCGCAGGGACCCUGGGAGACCGACUGGCCGCCAUGACCCUCCUCAUCCAGGAUGAUGCGGUGCACACACUCGGGCUGCUGGAGACACUGGUGAACCUGGUGAAGAAAAAGGGCAGCAAGCAGCAGUGCCUGCUGGCGCUGGACACCGCCAAAGAGCUGCUCCUCACCCACCUGCUGCCUGACAGCCGCAAGCUGCGCCCCUUUACCCAGCGUCCCCUGGGCCGCCUCGAGCAACUCUGCAGCGGCAACAGGGAUGCCCGCGACCGCAGGCUGCUGCUGUGGCACUUCGAGCACCAGCUCAAGCACCUGGUGGCCGAGUUCGUGCAGGUCCUGGACACACUGGGCCACGACGCCCUGGUGGCCACCAAGACGCGCGCCUUGAGCGCUGCCCACGAGCUCCUGUGUCACAAGCCCGAGCAGGAGAAGGCGCUGCUCGGGCAGCUGGUGAACAAACUGGGCGACCCUCUGAACCGGGUGGCCGCGAGGGCCUCACACCUGCUAGAGACACUGCUGCGCCAGCACCCCAACAUGAAGGGGGUGGUGUGCAGCGAGGUGGAGCGGCUGCUGUUCCGGGCACACAUCAGUCCCAAGGCACAGUACUAUGCCGUGUGCUUCCUUGGCCAGACGGCCCUGUCACCCGAUGACGGCAGCCUGGCCAGCCGGCUGAUCACCGUGUACUUCUGCUUCUUCCGGACAUGCGUCAAGCAGAAGGACCUGGACUCCAAGAUGCUCGGUGCCCUCCUGACGGGCGUGAACCGGGCCUACCCCUACGCCCCGGCCGACGACGACAAGGUGCGGGAGCAGGUGGACACACUCUUCCGCGUGGUACAUGCUGUGAACUUCAGCACUGGCGUGCAGGCCCUGAUGCUGCUCUUCCAGGUCAUGAACUCCCAGCAGACCAUCUCUGACCGCUACUACGCGGCGCUCUACCGGAAGAUGCUGGACCCGGGGCUGCUGACUUGCUCCAAACCCGCCCUAUUCCUCAACCUCAUCUACAAGUCCCUAAAGGCUGAUGUGGUGCUACGGCGAGUUCGAGCCUUCAUCAAGCGGCUGCUGCAAGUAGUCUGUGGGCAGAUGCCCCCGUUUGCCUGCGGCGCCCUCUUUCUCGUGUCCGAGAUCCUCAAAGCCAAGCCAGCCCUUCGGAGUCAACUGGACCUCACGGAGGCUGACGAUGAAGAAAAGUUUGUUGACCUCGGAGAUGAGGAAGACACAGAACACUUCACCGACGCAGAUAAAGAGGCAGAAGCAGAGGCAGCAGUGAAGGCGGGAGAAACAGCGCCUGGAGAGCAGAUUGAACCCGAGAAGGCGGGGUCCGCGUCUUGGGUGCACGUUGAUAAUUUGAAAGGAGGGACGCGUCUGAACAGAUACGACCCGUUUAGUAGAAACCCCUUGUUCUGCGGCGCCGAAAAUACGAGUCUUUGGGAACUCAAAAAGCUGUCCGAGCAUUACCAUCCCUCCGUGGCCCUCUUUGCGAAGACCAUCCUUGAGGGAAAUUCGAUUCAGUACUCGGGGGACCCGCUGCAGGAUUUCACGCUCAUGAGAUUCUUGGAUCGCUUUGUUUACCGGAAUCCAAAGCCACAUAAAGGCAAAGAAAACACGGACAGUGUCGUGAUGCAGCCGAAAAGGAAGCAUUUCCUGAGUGAUGUCCACACACUUCCGGUCAACAGUCGGGAGUUCCUGGCGAGGGAAGAGAGCCAGAUCCCGGCGCACGAGGUGUUCUUCCACCGGUACUACAAGAAAGUUGCUGUUAAGCAGAAACAAAGGCAGAAUUCAGAUGAGGAAAGCAUUGAAGAUGUGGAUGACGACGAGUUUGAAAGGAUGAUCGACACAUUUGAAGAUGAUAAUUGCUUCAGUGCUGGGAAAGAUGACCUUGACUUCGCCAGCAAUGUGAAGAAGAAAAAGCAAGGAGCUAAAGGUGCGCCAGAGGAUGAGGACUCCGAGGCCAGUGAGGACGUCGAUGACCUGGACGAUGACGAGGUGUCCCUGGGAAGCCUGGGGGAGGAGGAGUUCUCCGAGCUCGGGGAAGAUGGUGGCACCUUCAUGGAUGCAUCAGAGGAGGACGAGGAGGAGGACGAGGAUGACGAAGGAGGUAAGCCCCAGGAGACAGCCCAACUUGUCAGCAGGAAGAAGGGCAAGAGGAAAGGGCCGCGUGAUUUCGACAUUGCUGGGUCGUUUCAGGGGCCAAAGAAAAAGAAGAAAGGCUUCGAUGACUCCAGCUUGUUCGUAUCUGCUGAGGAGUUUGGCCACUUGUUGGAUGAGAACGUGGGCUCCAAGUUCGACAACAUCGGCCUGAACGCGAUGGCCAACAAAGACAACGCCAGUUUCAAGCAGCUGCGGUGGGAAGCCGAGCGUGACGACUGGCUGCACGACCGAGACCCCAAGAGCAUCAUUCGGAGGAAGAAGAACUUCCGCAGGCGGCCAAGGGUCGCACACAAAGCCGGGAAGCAGAAGAAAACAGGCUUUGCUAAGGAAAGAGCCCGACUCACGUCUAACUCCUGCCGUUGAACCAUUUCUCUUGAUCCUGCUCUCGAAUGCCGUGCGUCCCAGAUUGCUCCAUGGAUUUGUAAUAAACUAGAAA